AUAUAACAAGUGUUAAACUUUUUCAGAUCAGCCUUAAAGCAGAGAUGGAGGUAGCAAUGAAACUACUGGAGAAAGACAUCCAUGAGAAACAAGACACAAUCAUCUCUCUGCGUCGCCAACUGGAUGAUAUCAAGACUAUCAACCUGGAGAUGUACAGGAAGUUACAGGAGUGUGAAAGCUCUCUUAGGCACAAAACUGAGCUCAUAGCUAAGCUGGAGAGCAAGAGUUAUGCUAUGACUGACUCUUUGCAAAAAAUGGAGGAAAAUGUGGCAGAGGAGGCGCUUCGCCGUGCAGUAGGUGAGAAUGCGGCGCAUGAGGAGAGGCGAGGGGUGCUGGAGGGAGAGCUCAAGGUGGAGAGAGAGUGGCGUCAAUCCGUCCAAGGUACCAUCGUCAGUGAACGAGACAAGAUUGCCACCCUCCAGCAGGAGAUCUCUCAACUCAAGGCAGUUGCUAAUAAGUAUGUGGAGCUGCAGGAGGAGCAUUAUAGACUGAGUGAGCAGUGUCGGGAGCAGGAGCUCACGCUGGAGGAGCUUGGGACACAGCUCAGCCGCAGUAAGCUCCAAGUGUCGGAGCUCAAGGAGGAGGCCAGUGUGACUCGCAGUGUGGCAGACGCGCUGUGGACGUCAGACAAGGAGGUAUCCCACUGUAAGGCCUGCAGUAAGGAGUUCAACAUAACACGCAGGAAGCAUCACUGUCGUCACUGUGGUGGUAUCUUCUGCAACAGCUGUUCAGACAACUCCAUGUCACUAGCAUCGUCCGCUAAACCUGUCCGGGUCUGUGAUGACUGCUACGUGUUACUCGUUGCUCGCAACUCUGUGGUCCACUAGCUGCUGCUACUCGCUGUUUGCUUAUGUGAUAUUUGCUCAAGAUGUCUCACCGGGAGCUUGCAGCUUAUCAUUAGCCUUGCUAGUGUUGGUUCUCAUUGGUUUGUGAGUCGUUCGCAAAGAAGGUUCUUCCUAACAUUUUUUAGCCUGUGUAUAAGUUAAUCAAAAAAAGUUUUAAGAUGCACUAUUGAUAUCUAAAAAUUUUACUCACACAGUGGUGUAAUAGUUGAAGGUUAUAAUACUAUUUGUAUGUUGCUUCAAAUGUACUUGCUUUUGAUUUUAAUGUUCCUUGAAAGCAAAUAUUGUUUAGAAACUCAGUAAUACUUUAAAAUAGUGAUGAAAAAAAAGUAUUUUUGAAGAAAUAACAAAUCACUAGUUAAAAAGACUUAAGUCAAAUGACAACACCACAAAGAGGGUCUGGUGUUAAUUAAUAAUUUCAUUUCACAUCUUUAAUUACAUAAGGUGCUAGAACAGUUUUUAUACAUUGUAAAAAGAUAGGUUGAAGAAUUUAUGUAAAACUACAGACCUAUUAUUUUAAUAAAAAAAUAAACUUUGUAGCUUUUUAGGAAAUAUUUUAGGUAUAGAUUUGACUCUACCAUAUGGACCUUACUUUGUAUUACAAUUGAAAUUUUUCUCAUAUUAAUUUGAUGAUAAAAAAAUCCCCACUAUAUAAAAUUUUAAAUUUUAUUAUGCAAUAACAGACCAACUAUUUACUUUGGCUGCUCAUAGUUACAUCAAACUCAGAAAUACAAAAUACUGGUGAUUAUAAAUGAGUUACCUUUUCUUUCUAACAUAUAUUCAGAGGUAAUAUAUUUUAGUCAAUCACCUUGACUCAUUAAAGAAUUAAAUUAUCCUUUUAUAAAUGUCAUGCAUGAGUAAUUUAUUAAGCUUAAAAUUUCUUAAUUGUUAUCUUGUAUUCAGAUGACCAUUGCAUUCUUGUAUUUUGGCCAUUUUUGCAUUCAGCGUAGGAUUUCUUCUGUCUGUGACCUGACGAGAAGUGACGUAACACUAUGACUAUUACACCAUUGAAAAGCCUACUGAUUUCGACCCAAUUUAAAAAUACUAACUUGGACCAACGAGUCGCUGCCGCUGUGAGAAAUGCUUGAAAUCAUAGAAUAUAUUGCUAGUUAUAUUUUUAUGACAAAUAGAAUGUGUAGAUAUGUCUAGUUUUUUAAUAUUGAUAAAUUUGGUAAUAUUGUUAAUGCUAAAAAUAUAUUUUCAUCAUAAAGAUUCUUUGUUAUAGCAUCUUUUGGCAUUUGUUGAAUUUAUAAUACUCUUAUUGUAGCAUAUGUGAUUAUGUUUCAUUUACUAUAGUUUAAUAUGUUAUGAAAUGAAAGGAUUUAGCCUUUUAAUUCUUCAUCCUAAUGGCCUUUUUAAUUUUUCAAAUAUUAAAUCCAUACUUUCGCUGAGUAGCGUAAAAUGAAAGCACAAUGUAUUUUAAUUCCUAAGUACAUUAAGUAUUAAAAUGAUUGAGUUUUAACAAUAGUCACUAUAUGUUCACUGUGGUAAGAAAUGAUCCUCUUGCUGGGUAUGUUACAAGAUCCCACACUGGUGGAAGUCUCAUUAGCAAUAAACUUUCCCUCAGUGUGUUAGGAGAUUUCUGCAUAAGAUAAUGUUUCAUGUGUUAUGUUUCAUCAGAUACAUACCGAGCACUCUAGGGUUGUGUUUUUAAACAUUAGAUUAUCUGUGUUAAAUAUGGCAGUUAGAUUCUAAUAUGGUGUAAUUACACAAGGCAUUGAUACACCCUACUGCACCAAGUCAAGUCAGUAAAGUUUUCUUUAAUAAAUAUGUUAAAGAAAAUACAUUUUUAUAAUAAUUAGAAGCAUACCAGAUUUAGUUAAGAGUGAAAAGUAAAAAGUACAAAUACAUAGUAGAAGUUUCAGAGUAACUUCUACAUUGCAUUACUUUCUGUUUGGAAUAGUUAAGCAAACCUCUGAAAUCAUGUCGUGAAUGCAAGGAUUGUUAGAUUGUUGAUCGAUAAAUUUUAUUGCAUUUGGUACAGAUAAAUGGAUGAAAUAUAGAAUGCAGAUCUUGUAUCAUACAAGCAAAUGUGCGAUUGUGUUAAGGUCUUUUAAUGAUAACUGGAACUGUUAAGGUUUACUAAGACUCUUAAGGUCUAAAUAAUAACCGGAAUAAUAAAUAGAUUUCCUUAACCCUUACUACCUCAUGGCUAAUAUUAAAUAACAAUGUUUUUCUACAGUCUACAGUAAUUUAAAAGUACAAGUGUUGAUAAUAUAUAUUAUGAUUAGUGAGGAAUUGUUACAACACCCUGAACAGUAUCACGUCCGCAAAUAGAUACUGGACAAAAUCUGUCCUGCAAGUUCCUAGUAAUCUGAUGCGGGAAGUUUAAUUUCUUCAAUAAUUUAAAAUAAUCAGCUAUAAGAGAUUAUCUAUUUAAGGUUUCCUUUAAAAUAUUGUACCGCUUUUCAAAAAAGUUUGGAGUCAAAAAGUGGUCAAGUAACAAUUCCCAUUUCAUGAUUCAUCAAAGGAAAAGAAAGAUAUUACUGUCUAUCCCUGUAUAAAAUAAUGGCAAAAAUUGAAACUUGUUUUGUAAUAUUUUUAAUUUGGCCACUUUCCAAAAUGGGUAGACAACUCAAAGCAUUGAAAUAGUAACUACAAUUUUGUUACCGUACUAUCAGUAAAAAGUAAACUAAAAAAACGUACAAAAAUAAUGUUACAUUGUUCCUUCAAAAUAUCAUCUGUUAAUUAAUAAUUUUGUAUCCUUUUGGAUAUAAAAAAAACAAAAAGCACUUGUUUAGGCAUUUAGUGGGAGGGGAAAGGAAGUAUCUUCACCAAUAAAAUAACACUUAAUUAUAUGGCGAUCCUUCCCAAAAAUAUUGCAAUAGAAUUUUAAUAGUUAUACUUUGAAAGUAUGUUAUUUAUUAAUUGAGUGAAUUAUUAAAACCUAAAUCCUCUAAAUUUUCAUCUUUUCCCUAUUUUUGGAUACAAAAAAUUACCAACACUUUAAAAAAGCUUUGUCAAGUCUAAAAGUUUAGAUAAUUUUACAUUCAGUAAUUAAAAUCAUUAAGAGGUAUGGUUUACUUUAUAUUUCCGUUGCGUUUUAUACUGAUUAUUACUUCAUUAAAUAUUGCAAACACAUACACAGAGGAGCUGAAUAUGUUUCUGCCACAUCAGCUAGAACAUACAGUAUGAGAUUUCUCUUGUAACACAGUGAACGUAUUAAACAAUUUCUGUAUUUUUUUUGUAUUAUCAAUAUUAACACAACAAGAUAAUAAAUAUUUUUUUGUAAUUUCUGAGGCUGAACGUUUUGUACUGAAUUUUGUGUGUAAAAUUGUUAGAUACCUGUAAAAAGGUGCUUUAAUACGUUAUGUUGGAGAUUUUGUUAUACCAUGUAAAUGCUAUCAGUUUUUGUGCACUCAAGGAUUAUUGAUGUGUUUAUGUUUUACUUUUUUAUGUUUGAUUCUUAUUAGGAUUUGUAGGUAUAUAUUAUAAUAAUUAUAAUAUAUAUGUAUAUUAGGGUCUAAUAUUGUAAUUUUCUGAAUAUCUUAUAGUUUUAUCUUAGUGGAAUGUUUUAUAAUUACUAAUUAAAUAUUGUUUGUUAUUACGAUUUCAAUAAUGUUUAUUGAAACUACAAACUAUACCCUUAUUGAGUUUGUUUUACAAAACUUCAUUCCAUUUUAGGACUACUAUGUAGAUUGCAUUUUGUUAAUGAUUUUUUCACUGGAAAAGAGGUACAUAUAAGCUAUUGUUGGCUAAGUUGAAAUUGUUAUAAAUUUUUUGGUAUAAAUUAAAUCUGCACUUCAUGUCCCA